CGGAAGUGACGCAAGGCGUAGCGGAAGUCCCUCCAGCCGCGGUGUUGUGCUGUGGGGAAGAGAGACGGAUUUGUAAACCCCGGAGCGAGGUUCUGCGUACCCGAGGCCGCUGCUGUGCGGAGACCCCGGGUGAAGCCACCGAUACCAUGUCUGACCAGGUAGCGGGCCGGGAGCCGUCCGAUGGCUGUGACCGGGGCCUUACUCGGCAGGAAGCAAAACCUUCAACUGAGGACUUGGGAGAUAAGAAGGAAGGAGAAUACAUUAAACUCAAAGUCAUUGGUCAGGAUAGCAGUGAGAUUCACUUCAAAGUGAAAAUGACGACACAUCUCAAGAAACUCAAAGAAUCAUACUGUCAAAGACAGGGAGUUCCAAUGAAUUCACUCAGGUUUCUGUUUGAAGGUCAGAGAAUUGCUGAUAAUCAUACUCCAAAAGAACUGGGAAUGGAGGAAGAAGAUGUGAUUGAAGUUUAUCAGGAACAAACGGGGGGUCAUUCAACAGUUUAGAUAUUCUUUUUAUUUUUUUUUUUUCUUUUCCCUCAAUCCUUUUUUAUUUUUAAAAAUAGUUCUUUUGUAAUGUGGUGUUCAAAACGGAGUUGAAAACUGGCACCCCAUUUCUUUAAAACAUCUGGUAAUUUGAAUUCUAGUGCCCAUUGUUCAUUAUUGUUUGUUUUCACUGUGCUGAUUUUUGGUGAUUAAACCUCAACCCCCUUCAUAUUGAUCUUUCCUUUUUAAAUAUUACAUGUGUGCACAGAGAGGCCACCUUUUUCAGGACUGUGCAUUUUCAGGCUUGUGAUAAAUAAGAUCGACCGAUGCAAGUGUUCAUAAUGACUUUCUAAUUGGCCCUGAAGUUCUAGCAUGUGAUUGCUUCACUCCUGGACUAUGACUUUCAGUGGGAGAUGGAAGUUUUUCAGAGAAUUGAACUGUGGAAAAAUGACCUUUCCUUAACUUGAAGCUACUUUUAAAAUCUGAGGGUCUGGACCAAAAGAAGAAGAAUAUCAGGUUGGAGUCAAGAUAACAGAUAUGAUGAGAGUAAAGACUAACUCCAAAGAUGGCUUCACUGAAGAGAAGGCAUUUUAAGAGUAAAGAAAAAUCUUGUAGGAAGAUCCCAGAAAAGUUCUAAUUUUCAUUAGCAGUUUAAUAAAGUUAUUUGUGCAGAAAUGUGUACAACAGAACACUGCUCUUUUUGAUUUUAUUUGUACUUUUUGGCCUGGGAUAUGGGUUUUAAAUGGACAUUGUCUGUACCAGCUUCAUUAAAAUAAACAAAAUAUUUGUAAAAACUGUA